AUGCAGGACAUGAACGCCCCUGUCAGCCAGCCUGGCCCCAACGGCGGCCGCUUCGGUCACGCCUCCAAGCCCUCCAACAGCGAUACCGGUUUCUCCCACGGUGCCUUCACCUCCAACAUCAGCGGCUUCGGUGACCGCCACCCGCGUCGUGCGAACAUUCCCAGCAUCAACACCCAGUCCAUGAACCAGCCCCCUCCUCCGACCACCACCGCCGCGGCGCCCGACAUGACCACCCCAGGCACCGCCUUCGACAUGCAGUUCACAUCUCUUCUUCCGUCCCAGCUGCUUCUUGGCAGCCCUUUUCAACCGGGUACCCCGGCUGCCUUUGCCACUUCCCAGUUCCAGGGCCAGAUCGGCUACCAGCAGGCCCAGCAGCUCCAGCAGGCACAGCUUCAGGCCCAACAGCAGCAGCAGCAGCAGCAGGCCAAUGGCCAACUUAACGUCCAGGCGAAUGGACAACAGAGCCCUGACCAGCAGAACAUGUCGCCCCAGGCCUACCAGACGAUCGUUUCACCCUCGACCUACGGCGCGCCCCAGUUCUACUCGCCCCAAUCGCCCAGCGGUGCGUUCAACAACGUGGGCGGCCAGAUCCAGGUCCCCAUGCAGGCCGCGUCGCCAGUGGGUCUGUCGCCUGGCGUCGUGAGCGGCACCAGCCGCACUGUCUACCUGGGCAACAUCCCCGCCGACACACCCGCCGACGAGCUUCUGAGCCACGUCCGCAGUGGCCAGAUCGAGUCCGUCCGCAUGCUGCCUGACAAGAACUGCGCCUUCAUCUCCUUCCUCGACGCAAGCUCCGCCACCCACUUCCACUCUGAUGCCAUCUUGAAAAAGCUCUGCAUCAAGGGUCAGGAUGUCAAGGUUGGCUGGGGCAAGCCGUCCCAGGUUCCCACGUCUGUGGCGCUGGCUGUCCAGCAGUCGGGCGCCUCGCGCAAUGUGUACCUGGGCAAUCUGCCUGAAGAGAUCACGGAGGAUGAGCUGCGCGAGGACCUGGGCAAGUUUGGUGCCAUUGACACCAUCAAACUCGUCCGCGAGAAGAACAUUGCUUUCAUCCACUUCUUGUCCAUCUCCAACGCCAUCAAGGCUGUCACCCAGCUGCCCCAAGAGCCUAACUGGCAGUCUCCGCGCCGUGUCUACUACGGCAAGGACCGCUGCGCCUACGUGUCCAAGACGCAGCAGCAGAAUGCCGCUCAGUACCUCGGCAUUGCCCCUGGAUAUGCCAAUAUGCUGACCGGCGCCGACCGCGACAUCAUCUCCAACGCCCUGGCGCAGCAGUCUGUGGCUGCUGCUGCGGUUGCCACUACUGCCGGUGGCAUCAGUAACCUCGGCAACCGCACCAUCUACCUGGGCAACAUUCAUCCCGAGACCACAAUUGAGGAGAUUUGCAACGUCGUUCGCGGUGGCCUGUUGCACCACGUCCGCUACAUCCCUGACAAGCACAUUUGCUUUGUCACCUUCAUCGACCCGACCGCAGCCGCCUCGUUUUAUGCCCUAAGCAACCUGCAGGGUCUCAUGAUCCACAACCGCCGCCUCAAGAUCGGCUGGGGCAAGCACUCGGGUGCUCUGCCGCCGGCCAUUGCCCUGGCCGUGAGCGGCGGCGCGUCGCGCAAUGUGUAUAUUGGCAAUCUCGAUGAGACGUGGACUGAGGAGCGCCUGCGCCAGGAUUUCGCCGAUUUUGGUGAGAUUGAGCUGGUCAAUACGCUCCGUGAGAAGAGCUGUGCGUUUGUCAACUUUACCAACAUUGCCAAUGCCAUCAAGGCCAUCGAGGCCAUUCGCAGCAAGGAGGAGUACAAAAAGUUCAAGGUCAAUUUCGGUAAGGACCGUUGCGGCAAUGCGCCGCGUCAGCUCCAACCCGGCAACGGCAACAACGCCAACUCCCAGUCCCCACACAACGAGGCCGGCCGCAUCGCGUCGCCUCCGCCCAACGGCUCGACCAGCCAAAACAGCGGCUCGCCGACCAACACCACGUCGCCUGGCAACAACCCCAACCAGCCGGCCGUCACUCUCUUCAGCUCGACCAACAACGCUCUGACCAUGUACCUUAGCCACGUCUCGCAGCAGGCCGCGCAGCAGCAGCAGCAGCAGCACCAGGUGCUCGUUGCCCAGCAGGCCGCGCUCUUUGGCACCGCCGCCUCGCCCUCGAGCGAGCUGACCAUUGAGGUGCCCCAGGGUCCCAUUAUUUCUGGCCACCAGCAGUCGGCCAGCAUGUCCAACGGCUACGCCAACGGCGGCAAUGCUACGACGACCAACGGCACGACCACGAUUGGCGGUCUAUUGGCGCCCGGCAACCCGCGCGGCCAGCACAACCGCGCCGUGAGCCUUCCUGUUCUGGCCCCUGGCUUUGAAAACGGCGGCACCAGCCCCAACAGCGUUCCCGGCGGCGCCAAUGGCGGCGCCAAUGAGGGCGAGCGCCGGGGCCACCAGUACCAGGCCAGCUUUGGCGGUAUGGGCGCCGGCUUCGGUCUGGCCAUCCAGAGCGGCCUGAAUGGUUGGGUGGAGGAGGAGGUUGCCAACUAA